UGGAAGGGUUUGCUCCUUGUAAACCUGAGCUGAUUAUAUGAAAGGGGAUUUAAACCAGAAGAGAGAGAAUGGAAAGUUGUGUACGAGAUAUGGCCAGGGCUGAUCACUAGGAGGCUGGGAUCUGACUGCUUGCAGGGAGAGCUGGCAGCAUUACAGUAGGGUCAGAUAGACAAGACUAGAGGGGGGGAUUUCAUUUCACACCAAGGUGGGCUCAGAGGAAGAACAGACGUGCCUCUCAGCAAAAUAGCAUCCACAAGGAGGAUCCCAGGAGACCAAGAUGGCCUCAGCCACAGAUGCGAGAUAUGGACAUAGAGAUGUCUCGGACCAAAACUUUGACUACAUGUUUAAACUUCUGAUCAUUGGGAACAGCAGCGUGGGGAAGACUUCCUUUCUUUUCCGGUAUGCCGAUGAUACGUUCACAUCUGCCUUCGUUAGCACGGUGGGAAUUGACUUUAAGGUGAAGACCGUUUACCGAAAUGACAAGAGGGUGAAGCUGCAGAUUUGGGAUACAGCUGGUCAGGAGAGAUACAGGACUAUCACAACUGCCUAUUACAGAGGUGCAAUGGGAUUUAUACUCAUGUAUGACAUCACAAAUGAGGAGUCCUAUAAUGCUGUUCAGGACUGGGCUACACAGAUAAAAACCUAUUCCUGGGACAAUGCACAGGUCAUACUGGUUGGAAAUAAGUGUGACAUGGAGGAUGAGAGAGUGAUACCUGCAGAGAAAGGAAAGCACCUAGCUGAACAACUUGGUUUUGAAUUCUUUGAAGCCAGUGCCAAGGAGAAUAUUCAGGUGAAACAAGUUUUUGAACGCCUUGUUGAUAUCAUCUGCGACAAGAUGUCCGAGAGUCUUGAAAAUGAGAAUUCGGCGGCCAGUGGAGGCAAAAACUUGCGCUUUGACUCCAAUCCCCCUAUACAACAAAAGUGUUCAUGUUAACCCAAUUACCACCUUGUCUGGGACCAACCAAGACCCCUUGAACUCCAAACCAUGGUAACAUUUUCAUUGGAGCCACCAUACCAAUACUUAGAACUCUCCCCAGAUAAAAGGGCUGGGAUCUGAUCCCACAAAGCAGAAUAUCAAUCCCUAGAAAUUAGCUGCUGACCUCUGUGUGCAAAGGAAGGGUAAUGCCUGUGUGUCAUAUUAUGCUUUAAAAUAAGCAAGGGCAACCUACAAUAUACAUCCCAACUGUCCUAAAAUUGACCAGUCAUGAUCUUAUUGUGACAAAAAACACGUCUUACCAAAGGUGGGAAAUGGUCUCUGCUAAAUAUGGUCAAAUCUGGGACCGAAUUUUGGUAGAAGUCCACUUUCUCACUGAGAAGUAAGAAUCAGCUGUUCAUCAGUUGAUAAACUAUAAGUUCCAGCAUGCCGUGCCAACUGUGUAUGCGAAGUCUUGAAGGUGGCAGCAUGCCCUUGCCCAUUUACAGUGACUACAUUGUCUUACUUGUGUGUGAUUUGUGUUAGUCUUUGUUCUUAUACUGGCAUUUUUAUUACUGUUGAAAUCUUUGUGUCUUCAAUGUGUUUGCAGGUAUUUUUUAAUGUUUUAGAAAUGUACAUAUAUAAAUAUAUUUUGAUGUUAAAUCUAAAGACAUUGCCAUUAAAGUCAUUCUUUGUUAGGAAUGAA